UGUUGAUGCUAGUGCUAGUCGUGAUGCCUUCUGUGGUAGAGCUGCAGUGAAUUCUGCUGUAGAAAAAUAUCUCUGCUUAAAUAUUCUCAAUGUCAAGAGCUUGCAUACCGUGUUCAUUCCAUUUGGAGAACUUUGACACUACUGGAGUCAACCUCUUCAAUUUCAAAUCCUUGAACCACGACGCACACGAACAGAAAAUGAAAUUUCUGGUGUACUUGAAAUUUCUGGAUCACUGCUCCGUUCUGAUGAACAUGCGCUUUUUGAGAGAGUGAACCGGUGAUCCUUUGGCUAUGACAGCGAGGAAUUGUUUAAAAAGCAGUAUUCAUCUACAACAAAGAUUUCACAGUGCUGGAUAAACGAGGGAUAGAGUUUUUUAGAAUAACGACGUGUAUUAUAGCGUGGUAGUUCUUCACUACUUUGUCUUUUCAUGCGCCAUCUCUUGAUGUACUCUUUUGAUUUUUGGAUAUUACCCUUCCUUGUUUUUACCCAACAUGAUUGAAUGUUGUACUUAGUACGGCUAUUAAAUCCCGACUUUGCGUUUGCCGCUGAUUCCAUACCGUCAAAGUGCAAAAGCAAAAUUUUGACUAGUACGUCACUCGCAUCUGCUUCUGCCCUUCAUUGAAGUACCCAAUCGUCCCGAACUACACUUAGUUCUUACCAUACUAGUAGACAAGACUAAGAAAAAAUGAAGCCGCCUGCGCCUAUGAUGCCUCCCACUGCAGGUGGUCAGAGGCCGAUGCCAACCGCGCCUCCAACAACAGGAAGUCCUUUUGGUUCUGGUGGGAUGAGUAUGCCGAGUGCAGGAGGUCCGAUGGGUGGAGGCGGUAUGCCAAUGCCUUCAGCUCCAGGAGGUAUGGGUGCACCAGCUGCUGCACCUCAAGCAGCACAACCACAACAAGCAAGACAACCACAAGCUGCACCCGCCUCCGCUUCGGGUAGUGGAGGGUCUUCAUCUUCAGCAGUGAAUUCUGCGUCAUCAGGCCCACCAGCGCAACCGAUCUUUGAUAAGCAAAGGUUAUGACAGGCGGAUGAUCAUCAUCAUUUUUUACUACGUGUAGUUUACUUAGUAGUGAAAUAGAACGAGGAGAGACACCUAGUGCAAGUAGAAUCCCCUUCAGAUAAUUACUUCUAAGUUUCUACCCGCCUACAUAUAAUACAUUUACCUAAAUGAUUGAUCAACUCCCAAGUACACCUCUAAAAAAAGACCAAUUCAUCGCGCCAUAUCCUUUAUUGGGCCUAGAAUGCUGCGAGAACGGUCGACACGCCAUUAGUUGCGGAGGUGGCGGUUCAGCAGGGAAGAAGGAGAUUCCCAACGAAAUCCACCUUCAUGCGAUUGACAAUACUUAUGAAAGGUGGAUCUGUUUUAGUUUUGUUGACUCGUCUGAGUAGAGUGUUCAGAAGGCACCAGGGGUUCUUUUUUUAUCGUGAAUUCUGGCUAAGGCUACCACCCCACCUGGAGGUUGUAGGGGAACAUGAAUUAAGCAUAGAUUUGCGAUAACACGUGUGACACUGUCAUUUUCCACUUGCGAGACAUCCUCUAAUCUCCAAACCGCGACAAGUCAAAGCGCUUUGUCACUCUCGACAGACUAAACAUGGGCAGCGUGCUUCCUACGAAAGUAACCUACUCGCCAGAGGCGGAUUUGUGGUGCGUUUCCGCAGGAGCUAGAGGAUACAUCAUCGAAGUAACACCAGAGGAGAAGAUGAAGGUCCUCUUUGAUUUCCAGUCAGAAACGAAGAAGGUCUAUAACCGAUACACGAGGAAAGACGAGGAUGGGAUACAGGAGUUUAUGAAGUACUACUUACUUUUUCUUGACAAAAACUCAUAUUCCACCAGAUGAAGAUGAAGAUGCAUCCGACCAGAUUUGAUGGACUGACUUCUACUUGCUCAAUAUCACCCAUUCGUACCCAAACAACAGACUCACAGCCAACCGAAUUUUCACCGUUGGCUCUGACGGCGCAAAAGUGUGGAGUUAUCCGCAAUUUAGCGAGCAACCUCUAGCGGAGUUUACGGCACACACCAAGCCUAUAGAAGCUUUAGAUGUGUCGCCGGAUGGAAGGUAGAUUUUGUCUUCUACUUUCUUCUAGUUUUACUUAUUCUGAUGACUGCAUCAACAACAUGCUGUUUCAGAUGCAACGACCGUCAUCACACUCAACAAAGGUUAGCAGUCACAACAUCCGAGGACCGAACGUGUAAGAUAUGGAAGGUUGACACUGCUGAAGAAUUUUGCUCCUUUUCGUGGAACGAGGAAGGGGGCAGACAAGAUCCUAUGAACCUGAAGUUUCCGCAUUUCUUCACAGAAGACACGCUUUUGCUCAGUGCUGCAGGACCUAGGGGACCGGCUAUGGUACUUUUUUUUGAUUCUAACAGUCUUUAUAUUUAUAAGAUUCGGAAUCCUAACCGACGUGAUGGAGCCUGGCAUGCAUCAAGAAGUUGAUGUUGAAGUUAGCUGAUUGAAACGACUUCCUAGUACUACAGCGCGUUAUAACAAACUUGAAAUAAUGAAUGUGUGUUUUCACCAUCUUCUUCAAGAUCAAAUAACCUAGUACUUGGUAGAAACAGAACCACACCUCCUUUAUCCAUCUCCACAACAGCUCGGUCUCUGGAAAUUCGACGUAUCGCCACCAAAGCUGGUGUUUCCAGUUCAAGUCGACGCAAAGCCAUGCAGUGCCCUUCGACUGAAUCGCGAUCGAACGAUGAUGAUGUGCGGCUUCGUCCCAGGACAUAAGAAUAUGUACUGAUAGACUUUCUUUUGUACGCGAGCUGUAGCUUCCUCGUACCACCCUCGAGUGCUGGACGAGGAGAUGUUAUAUUGCAACUAGUAACAUGAGGUUACAAGAAUGAUUUGGCAACUGUCUCAUGGUCCUCAUCGAAAUUUUACACAAGAUCAUCUUAUUCGAAUUUUUUUCAUCUUCAAGUUCAAAACAACGACAAAAAAUAAACUUAAAGAAUAUGAAACUCGUUUCAACUAUGACAAGGUAUUCGGUCGACGUGGAUUCCUUCAAAAAGGGGUUUAUGCCUUUCAAGAAGGUGAAAACAUGCGGCACAGCGAAGAAUCCUAUUCAUGCGCUACAAGUUCAAUUAAGGCUCAGAUGAAAAUUCCUACUGCUAUGCAUUUAGAUAGAUUGCUAGAAAGUUACUCAGCUCAAGAAGAUUGUGGUUUCUUUUCUCCUGGAAAGAAUACACGUAAGUAGUUACAACACGAGGACUUGUUUAUCAUCUUCAUUUUCUAAUCAUCUGUGUGGCUUUUUCAGCACCAACGACUGCGCUCAGUGCAUCCGGCGACUACACGGUGCAUUUGGGUCCUAGUGUAGCAACGGCUUCGUCCAGCAGUGGUAGUGGAGAAGCUGGAAAACGGGGAUGUUGCUGCUGGCUCCUGACCUUCUUUGCUCUUUCAUUAUGAACGUAUGUCGUAUGAAAGUGUAAGUGAUACUAGAAAGAACAUUCAAAUUUUUUAUAGUAGCAUUUCCGUCGCUUUCAUAUCCUCCUAAAUCCCAGAAGCAUUGGUUCGCUUUUCUUAGCUUUUCCUCUAAUCUCUUCGCUUUUCUUCGGCAGUUUCUUCGGAUUUGGGUAUUACCAGCUGUCUCGGAUGACAUGGGAAGAGAUUCGAGGGUACGAGCACUGGGUUACGAAACAUGUUGCGGAAAGAAAAUUCCAAGCAGAUGAAGUGGUGCGAAGAGAACUCGAUAACGCUUUUCCUGCUGACCCCUCUAACAACCCAUCCGCAUCAGGAGGUACUAGUAGAGAACCCUCAUACAACGACAACUACAAGGCUGCAAUAGACCAAGUAGAUACAGAUGAUUCACAUCUUCUGCCAGAAGAAGAUGAUGUUGAGCUUCCUCCAGAAGGUGAAGGUGGAGAAGGUGAAGAUGCUCUUGAGGGGAAAAAUCAGUUAGAACCAGGAGAAGGUGAAGAAGAUUAUUUAGAUUAUCAUGAUCCACCAGAACAAGAUCCUGAGGUUGUGGACCUUGUGGACCCCGCACCAAAUGGGGAAGAGGAAGACGCCGUAGGCAUUCUAUUAAGACUUACUUUUAUUCAUCUUAAGAGGCAUCUUUGAUCUUUUUUUCAAGAGGGAACUGCGUCAAAGAUGCUUUCCAAGAUGAAUAAAAGUAAGGUCUAAUUAUAGCUGAGCAUAUGCAAACCGAAGAUCCUGCGGCAAUACGACGAGCUGCAAUGGAAGCGAAUCGUGGGAAUGCGCCUCCGCCGAAACAGCCUGCGCAGUAUCAGGAGUACCAAUAUGCUGCGGACGCAGAUGUGGUGUCCAAACGCACUGAAUUGUGAGGCGGUUGAGCAGACCCAGAAGAUGUGGUUUCUAAGCGAACACUGAAUUGUGUUGAGGAAGUGGAACUUCCUUGUCAGUCUUCAUUUUCGCAUUAGCGCUGGUGUACUAAUAUUUUAUAAGUACUUCGUCGUGGAAGAGUUCUAGUUCAUGACACCACGCUGCUCAUUUCUGACGAAGACUUCCUUCAAAAUGAAACGCACAAAGUUGCUACCUGGAUCUGACAAUUACUAUGUAUUUUUAUGGUUCGGCUUUCGAAGAAAGAACAAGAAGAACUGUGACAAGAACUGCGUAGUUCGUGUCUACUUCGUCUCUACUUGAGUCGUCACGUUGGAACAACACGAACAGCAUGGUUCUUGUCCUAUGCUUUUUCCAACCCAUGAGUCUGCCCUGAAUAGCCCUGAAGACCCCCUUCUUUCGAAAAGCGCUCAUGAAGAUGAAGACAAAUGCGCUCAUAUCCAUCUUCAUGGACGACUGCAUCAGAGUAUGCAUCAUCUCUCUGGCAUGUA